AUAUUUAGGCGAUAUUUGACAAAAGUGUGGGCGACUUGAUUUGACCUCUGACGUCACUCCACACGAAAUUCCUGUCCCGCCAUCUUAUUGCCUCGUGCAUUGAAAGGUAGCCGCGACUUUUGUUUAUAACAAGAAAAAAUACAAUAAAAAGCCAGAAAAAUGAAUCAAGAAACGUUGAAUAAAAUGCAGAGGUUGUCCGAGCAAGUCCGUAUAGGAGGAAAGGGCAGUGCUCGUAGGAAAAGAAAGGUUGUCCACAGGACGGCCACCACUGAUGACAAGAAACUGCAGUCCAGUCUGAAGAAACUGGCAGUCAACAACAUCCCAGGAAUAGAGGAGGUGAACAUGAUUAAGGAUGAUGGGACUGUUGUCCACUUCAACAACCCCAAGGUCCAGGCCUCCCUCGCUGCCAACACUUUCGCCAUCACCGGCCACGCUGAAAACAAACAGUUGACAGAAAUGUUGCCAGGCAUUUUGAACCAGCUGGGAGCUGACAGUCUGUCCAACCUGAAGAAAUUGGCAGAGUCUCUGCCGUCACAAGGUAACGGGCGCUCCAAUGAUUAGGCUAGACAAGGGCUGUAUGGUGGAUCCAGUGGUAAAUAGUGCUGCAUACCUAAACCCACAUUUAGCUUCAGGUCCGGAUUCAAGUCCAGAGGUUCGGACCUAAACCCAUACCAUAUACAAAAUUACAUGUUGGCAACCUUGCAAUGUUGUCUGGGUGAAACUUUGGCCACAUAACAUGGAGGCCGGUACUUGACGAUGGCAAUGUUUUCUUCAUUUUGCAGCAAAGAUUUUGCAAUCUAUGGAAGGUUUUAGGUGGUUUGAAAAGAAA